AUGUCUUAUUUUCUUCCGCAUUUGACAAAUGGUUGGCAAGUUGAUCAAGCUAUUCUCUCUGAAGAAGAUCGAGUCGUGGUGAUACGGUUCGGACAUGACUGGGAUCCAACCUGUAUGAAAAUGGACGAGACGUUAUAUGGAAUCGCGGAAAAAGUCAAGAAUUUUGCCAUGUACGAACUCUACGACCCGUGCACAAUAAUGUUCUUUUUCCGCAACAAACAUAUCAUGAUUGAUUUAGGUACGGGUAACAAUAACAAAAUAAACUGGGCACUGGAAGAUAAACAGGAAUUAAUAGACAUAAUCGAGACGGUUUAUCGUGGCGCGCGAAAAGGUCGAGGUCUUGUGGUCUCACCGAAAGAUUACUCGACUAAAUACAAGUAUUAG